UCUAUUUUGCUGGAAAGUGAAUCUGACGGUUGCUUAAAUAAAGACUUCAACUUCAACACUCAGGAUUUCAGUUCUUGUUCACCGCUUCAGUUGCUCCGGUUCCAGGAAGGAACGCUUCUGCGAUUCAAGUAGCAGGAACCCUGCAGGGAACAUGGGUUUGUGGACAUUACUGGAGGGCUGUCUUCUUCUUGCAAAUGCCCUAGCAAUAUUAAAUGAAGACCGGUUCCUUGCACCAAGAGGUUGGAGCUUCUCUGAGCUAUCCGGAGGUCGAACAAAGUCUUUCAAGGGGCAGCUUAUGGGGCUUAUUUAUGCAACCCAGUACAUGAGAGUUCCUCUUAUCAUACUGAAUGCCAUUUGCAUUGCUGUAAAGCUAGUGUCUGGAUGAUGCCACUGAGUGAGCUUUCUGCGAUUGAAAAACCCAGCAUGUGUUGAACUUUGGCAAAGUUGUCAUUGGUGUUCUCUUCUUCAAUUAAUGCUAAUUAACUUUACUGGCUUUACUUGAGAAACACAAUGAUUCAACCAAGGUCUAAAUGUAUGAUGAUUGGUGUUGGACAUGGCUGCUACCACCUUUAUGUUCAAGCGGUUAUCUGUAUUUGCGGGUUGAAAGGGUUCAGGAUAACUAAUUUGUUAUUGGUAGGUAGAUUGUGGCGCUAGAUUUUCAAAACCAUUGCCAUGUUACUUGUUCAAAGUUUUUGGGUGAGGCUAUCUACAAAUGUAUUAUACAAUCCCCUGAGGACAGCCAGCAAGUCUCCUUCCCCUACCCCAACAAUUCAAACGUGGCUGACCCUACAAUUAGAUCAGUAUUAUAAUCAGGCAGGCUAUUCCAUCUCCUUUGCAU